UUGGAGGAGACAAAGAGAAAUAGUCACCCUGUUUUGAUUCAGCGUAAAGAGAACACUUAUUGAAAAUAUUUGGUAAAGUACUUGUUAUAUAGGUAAGCAAAAGGCUCAGUCAUAUUAUAGGACAAUCAAAGACAUAGGAAAUGUAUGAUACCAAGUUCUUGAAGUAUACAUUAAUCACCGUUCUUGGUUCUUUGAAGAUCAGCUAGGAAGAAAAUGAAAGAGGACAGUGCCAGCUCAAAAACUGAAAAUCCUACAAACUGAAUUUUUUAAAAGAUAUUAAAAUAAACUCGUUACAAAUUACUAGAAACUAUAGAUACCAUGUUAGUGAGAGUUUUGUUCAACGACAAAGGUAGACAAUAUAUUUUGUACAUCAAACUUUGGUUAACGCUUCAUGCGUUAUCAGCUGCCAGAGAAACUGAGCUACAAAUUGGCGGUUUUUUCUCUGUUAGCGCUAAUCUGACAGAAGGUGCAACUGGAAGAGGUGUAAUUCCAGCAGUUAUGCUAGCUCUCGAACAUAUUAAUGACUGUCCUCAUAUUCUUCCAGGCUACAAACUUACGAUACAGUGGAACGACACUCAGUGUGAUCCAGCAGUAGGAAUGAAGAACUUUUUUGAUAUGCUCUCCAGAAAACCACACAAAGUAGUUGUCCUCUUUGGUGCUGCCUGUACUGCCGUCACAGAUCCAAUCGCCAAAGCAGCUCAGUUUUUCCAGUUAGUGCAGUUAACUUAUGCUGAUACUCACCCGAUGUACACAAUGGAAAACUACCCGAAUUUUUUUCGGGUAGUGCCAAGUGAAGCUGCCUUCAACCCAGCAAGAGUGGCACUAUUGCAGCACUUUAACUGGACACGUGUUGGAACACUCUACCAGAAUUCACCGCGAUACGCCCUGCCUCACAGUAAGCUGUUGACAGAGCUCGAGACAGCGAAAAUAGAAAUUGCCGCACAGUAUGGUUUCGUUGACGAGCUGAGAUCGGCUAUUCAGAAGCUAAAGGAAAAAGAUGUAAGAAUCAUCCUAGGGAAUUUCGACCAAAGCUGGGCUGGAAAAAUAUUUUGUGAGGCUUAUCGCGUUGGUCUUUAUGGGAGAAAGUACCAGUGGAUCAUUGUCGGAAUGUAUGAUGACUAUUGGUGGGAAAAAACUGGUAAAGACACCACUUGCGAUCAAUCUCGACUUCAAGAAGCUCUAGAAGGUUAUAUGGCUACCGAUGUUUUACCACUAAGCACAGAUGAGAAGAUCACUGAAUCAGGCUUAGUACCUGCUGAAUACGAAGCCCAGUAUGACGGAGCAAGAAAGGGAAGUUACAGCCGAUUCCACGGCUAUGCUUAUGACGGUAUCUGGGCAAUAGCGCUGGCUAUGCAGAAGGUACGGCAGAAGCUUAUGUCCGAAGGAAGCUUCAGGAGCUUAGAAAUGUUCGAAUAUAAAGAUCCUAUGUGGGUUCGCUUGUUUCGAGAGGCCUUUAAUAAAACAGCGUUCCUUGGAGUCACAGGACCUGUUAGUUUCAUCCGAAAUGAACGACGUGGACUUGUUCUUCUGAAGCAGUUUCAGAGAGGGGCUGAAGUGAAAAUUGGUGAAUAUGAUUCUAUCGCCGACACACUGGAAUUAAGUAAAGGAACAACUAUUACAUGGAGAGGGGAUUCCGACCCCCCUAUGGAUAGAACACUAAUUGUCAUUGAAAGAACUAGGAUUAGUGUCACCGUUUAUUCUCUUUUGGUUACCUUCUCUAUCCUGGGGAUCUUGCUAGCAAGUGUCUUUCUGGUAGUGAAUAUCCGUUAUAGGAAUCAAAGAAACAUCAAGAUGUCAAGUCCUUACUUGAACAACCUCAUCAUCAUUGGAUGUAUGUUAACUUAUACAAGCGUCAUCCUGUUAGGCAUGGACAGUGGACUCACAAGCGAAAGAAAUUUUCCGUACAUCUGUGCUGGCCGAGCUUGGGUAUUAAUGUCUGGUUUCACUUUAGCCUUUGGUUCCAUGUUUAGUAAAACCUGGAGAGUCCACGCCAUCUUUACUGACAUCAAACUUAAUAAGAAGGCAAUCAAAGAUUACAAACUCUUUAUGGUCGUUGGAGUUUUGAUGAUGAUUGACGUCGCGAUAUUAACCACAUGGCAGAUUAUCGAUCCUUUUUAUCGAAGAACCAGCCUUGGACCUCCUAUGCCGUCCACCAAGAAGAAAGAUGUGGUGAUUAUCCCAGAAAUGGAGUUCUGUCAGAGUGAAAAAAUGACAAUUUUUUUGGGCUCAACUUACGCAUACAAGGGCCUUUUGAUGGCUUUUGGUUGCUUUCUGGCCUGGGAAACUCGGCACGUCAGCAUUCCUGCACUAAAUGACUCUAAAUAUGUGGGCAUGAGUGUCUACAACGUUGUGAUAAUGUGUGUUAUCGGUGCUGCUAUUUCUUUCGUAUUGAGAGAUAAGCAAGAUGCUGCUUUUGUCAUUAUAUCUGUCUUCAUCAUAUUUUGCUCUACGACAACUCUGUGCUUGGUAUUUGUACCCAAGCUAGUGGAGCUAAGACGAAACACAGAUUCAGGAGAUAAAAGAGCUCGAGCUACGUUGAAGCCCUUUAAAAGCUCAAGGAAAGACAGCGACGACGAAAUAUACAACAAAAUUAAAGUUCUUGAAAAUCAGAAUUAUAGACAGAAACAGAUAUUAAACGAGAAAACUAUUGAACUUCAAAAUUUGGUACUUGAGCUCAGGAAAGUGGAGGAACCAUUAAUAGUGAAGAAACACAUCAUGGCCUCCAUCCCUGAAAACUCCUCGUCCUCAGACGACAGCUCAUGUGAAAACUUGUUACAAGUGGUUAGACCUUGCUUUAUUAGAGAGGAAGAUUCUAACUGUCAAACAUCCCACAGCAACAUGGAAAAUAAUUCGCAUCUCUCACGAAACUGUCAAGAAACGGCACAGGUGGAGGAUAUAAAACAGAGAUGUUGUGCUCAGAAAAAUGAUUCUUCCAAGAGUAUAUCUUCCCUAACGCCAGAGGUCAGAAAAAUUAGGUUUAGAGAAAAUGAUUUAACAACAAUAAUAGAAAUGCGUCCCUUGUCAGUUGCAAAAUCUAUUAGUCACCCCUUUAAUCAUGUAGAAUCUGACUCUAAGAACAAUAGUGAUUCAGCCAGCUCUUCGGAAAGUAGUAUUACGCCUAAACAACAAGACACCUUUACAGAAUCUGAUGACACUUCAUAUGCUCGAGCUAUCAGAAGUUUCCACCAGAGGGCCAUAGUAAAUGGGAUGUCGUCGUCAUGCGAUGAAGACAACGAUGAGCUGGAUAUUGAAGCACUUCACAAAGGAAAAAAAUCUUCAAGUCAAAGUAAAUCAGGCAACCGACAAAAAGCGAAAAGUCUUGGGACACUACGCCCACUAACAGCGCCAAAUAUAGAAAAUCCUAGUGGCAUGUGUGUGUCAGUGAUACACAAUCGAAGGACGGAAAGUGGUGUGAUACCUACGUUGUUUCCCUACUUCAACCGUAUUCUAAAAGAAGAUGAGCCUUCAACAAAAUAUUCUAAAGACCAUGCCGGACCCUUGUACUCUUCCUUUCCAUCCGUAAGGUGUGAUAUCGUGGAGUAUUUAUGAAAUCUGCUUCAGUUCGGGAAGAAAAACUUUCACGAUCUUUAGCACAACACACUUUUAUUUGAUUAACAAGUAUGAUAUGAGUUGGAAUCGUGUCUUAGUAUCAUAAGUCCCAUUAUGGUGAACAUUCAUUCUUUCUUCACAAAUCUAUGUUUAUGUAAACUUUUGUGCAUGUAUCUAUACGAGUGUGUUGUGAACAUCGCAUAAGAUAAUAGGGUCACUUUUCAAAACGCCGAGUUUUUUUUUAUAAUUUCUGUCUUGUGGCUGUGCUCAUUAAUGUGGAUAUAUCUCUAACGAAGCGCGUCAUCACUCAGAAAUCACGUGAGCUUUGUGUGUGUCGUGAACAAACAAAUUACAUGAGUGUCAACAAAACAAUAACGAACAUGGACAAGUAUGGAAUUGGUUGCGAUUUUCUCAAACAUCUAAUUAUCUUUAAUGUUUUGUCAGAAUGGAUUAUAGCACUUGUAACUCGAAACGUCUGUUAUCAUUCAUAUCUGACUGGUGAAAGUCAGACAAAAUGUCAAGUCUUUCAAAAUAUUGAAUUGACGCUUAAUGUAUUUAAAAACAGGGAUAUUUAUAACAUGUGUGACCUUUUAUGUUUGGUGUUGAUAUACAUUGUAGCAUACCUUCGUACAAAAACAAUUAAUAUGAUCCAUUAUAUAUCAGCUGUUCGAGACAU